CCCACUUUUAAAAGCACCGUGUCCAACUCCGCGUCGCUAUGGUCUUGGGCCUAUUGGCCCAGAACUGCUUCCCCUUGGUGCUGCUGCUCGAGCGAGCUCGCGAAGAGGCCUGGCGAUGUGCCGGCCGGCGAAGGCGCCCACCAGCCACUGAGGGCCUCUUAAGGCGGCUGGCCUAUCCCCACGCGGUGGAUGGCCGGUCUGGGAGGUCUCAUGAAGUGUUGCACACCGUGUGGUCUUUGAUCCAAUCAUUUCUGGGAGAGCCGCCCGAGAUCCAAGUGGCCACCUUCGAGGUGGAUCCGUUUACCUUCAACCACACCGUAAAGCUUUGGGACCCACGUGAUUCCCUGUGCAGCAGUCGGCUCCUGGUCGGUCACAGCGACACGGUGCUCACAGUUGCCAUGAAGGGCAACAUUGUGGUCACGGGCUCGUAUGACUGCAAGGCGAUGGCUUGGGACGCUUCCCGAGGCCUUCUCUUGAAGACCAUCCUCAACGACUGCUCAGUCACGGCUGUAGGUGUGGAGCAUUCGACGAUCAUCAUUGGCGGUUCCAAUGGUGUGGCGUCCGUGGGGAAGCUGACCGGAGACCAGCCGGUCCUGGACUUCCGUCCUGAGACGGACUCGCCGUCUUCGGAUGCAGUCCGCCUGCUGGGCCACCAGGCCACCAUCUCGGCCGUGCUUCUCCACGGUUCGGUGGCCGUCACAGGCUCCCGCGAUGCCACCUGCCGCAUUUGGCACACCAGUGGCCCUUCGUCGGGGCGUCCGAAGCGGGUGCUCACCGGGCAUCGGCGACGACUCACUUCUCUUUCCAUGCACCGCAACUUGCAGCUCUUGGUCACGGGCUCCGCCGAUGGCACCGCACGGCUCUGGAACGCGGAGCCGCUCGCGCUGGCUGACUUCGACCGACCCUUUUGCAGCGGAUCGCAAAACCGGGGUGGACCUGGGGGACGCCCGACUCCCUAAACAAGAACAGGACGCCAAACCAAAGCAUCAUGCAAACCCGAAACAA